AUGACUUCUGGCGGCCGCAGUGCUCCCAGCGGCUCCUCGGAGCAAGCUCAGUCAUUCCCUAUCGACAACGCUGCACCUCCCCAUGUGCCCGCCAUGCCGACCUCCGCUUACCUAACCCGCCUUCAAAUCCUCUCAACCACUUGGUCCGACGGCCUAAUCACACCUUUAUGUGGAGCCAGCGCUGGCGUGGCCUCCGGUAUUGUCACUUGUCCUUUAGAUGUGAUCAAAACCAAGCUGCAAGCCCAGGGCGGCUUCCGGCGGGGAACACGGGAAGCUGUUUCGGAGACGCUCUACCGGGGAAUGCUCGGCAGCGGAAGGAAGAUUUGGCGAGAAGAUGGUAUUCGCGGUCUUUACCAAGGACUCGGUCCCAUGGUGCUGGGCUAUCUCCCCACCUGGGCCGUUUACUUAGCAGUCUAUGACCUAUCUCGCGAGAAAUUCCUCCACUACACAGAUAACUGGUGGCUAUCACGACUUUACGCUUCGAUCACCGCUGGUGCAUGUUCGACAAUAGCGACAAACCCCAUUUGGGUUAUUAAGACACGACUCAUGUCCCAGAGUCUUAAGCAAAACAACGAAGGAUUCCGGGCCCCGUGGCAAUACUCAGGGACAUUUGAUGCGGCACGCAAGAUGUAUAAAGUUGAGGGAAUCCGCUCUUUCUAUUCCGGGCUCACCCCUGCUCUUCUUGGACUGGCUCAUGUGGCCAUUCAAUUCCCCCUCUACGAAUACCUGAAAAUGGGAAUCACGGGCUACGGUAUUGGCGAACACCCCGAACACGGCAAUACCCAGUGGGUCGGCAUCUCCCUCGCCACUUUCCUCAGCAAGCUCUGCGCAAGCACCAUUACAUACCCACACGAGGUCCUCCGGACACGCCUUCAAACACAGCAACGCACUGCGCCUGCGUCAUCACCAGAAGAAAUCUCCUUCCGCGGUGGACUCAACCACCCCCAUGACCGUGGCCGGUCCUCGGGCUAUUCCUCCUCGGAUGGAAUGCGCACCCGGCCACGCUAUAACGGCAUGAUACGCACGUUCCAAACAAUCCUCCAAGAAGAGGGCUGGCGCGGCUUCUACUCGGGAAUUGGGACCAACCUGUUCCGGGCCGUCCCGGCCGCUAUGACGACCAUGCUCACAUACGAGUAUCUACGCAAGACGAUCAGUCACUUGCAACAUGAGGGUGAUCUAAAGCUGAAGCAGCAAGAAGAUGAAGCGCAGGAAACUUCUAUUUGA